CUUUCGAACGCACUACGAGGAGUAAACAGUGAUCAGCUGACAGCGAAGGGAGGAACCCCGACGCCCAUCAUUUUCUCCGUAUAAUUACACCCCCGCCCCUUCCCCUCGGCUGGCUUCAUUACCGAGAACUCCACAAAUGAAGGGGAGAUGAUAUGACAUCGCGCAGAGGGAAAAUAUAACGAAGAAGAUGAGUGAUAAGGACUAUUCGCCGCUGAGCUCCGCCUGUGUGCGGGCUCUGAGCGACAAGUUAUAUGAUAAAAGAAAAGCCGCUGCCUUGGAAAUUGAAAAAAUGGUGAAAGAUUUUGCCGCAGUCAAUAACCAGGAGCAGAUAAGCCGACUGAUACGAGUCCUGGAGGAGUUUGCGAUGUCUCAUAACCCUCAUACCAGAAAAGGUGGACUUAUAGGACUGGCUGCCGUUGCCAUUGGACUUGGGACUAGGGUAUGGCAUUCACUUUUUUGUUGA